GUUCCAGUUGAUAUCACUAUCAGUUGGGAUCCUUUUGUUUGUGGCGUGAUUGCAGCGGGGUUUUCAGAAGGUACUAAGAUUGUACCGGGCAGGAGAAGAUGGACGGACUUUUCACUUCAAGCUGGCUGCUCUACGUGCUUUCGCACGAGGAGAUGAAACUUUGAUCCCAGUGCACAGCCGAUUCAAGCUUCCAAUGCGCUUAUUAUGCCGCACUGCGGAUUGAAGCUUUUUAAGUUCACGGUUUGCUUCUCCAAUUUCUAGACUUCCCUUUAGUGAAAAGCAACGACUCUUUGUAGUUCGUGCUUGCAGCUGACUUGGAUCUUUGCAUGUUUGGCGAUUAGCUGUUUUUGCUCAUUGCGGCUUUUAGGAUGAUCGAGGUAGGAUCCGUAGCUCGUUACAUUUCAGCUCCAGUCAGCCAUUAAGAGCCAUGUGACUUCAUUCCUGCUCUUCUGAUCAGUUCUAGUAGCUUACUAGAUCUAGAACUAAAAAGGUUUCUCCGAUCGAGGGAUUGAACAAUACAGUUCAAUACGUCUGUAACUGCCCAGGUUCUCAGACGGUACUCAGCUGAAUCCUGCAUAUGGCAGGCCCAACUGUUAUUUUUUCCCCAAAGUUAGUUCGUAGGAAAUUUUUUCUCAUGAGCU